ACGUCUGGGAAGUCAUGGAUCAUGGCUUCUUAGGGCCAAAAAGUACUCUAUGCUAAGGUUGGAGUGAAUGAAAAGCAGUUUAGCACAUAAGCAGUAAACCACAGCUGCUGGUCUAGCGAGAUUGUGAUCAGAACAUUUGUUUCACUUCACGAUUAUCAAAUACAAGCUAGUAAUAUCACAGAGAACGGUCACAGAGAGCUAACUAGCUAGCUUAACGUUGGCAUUCCUGGUCAGUCCAUAGACAAAACCGGCAACAAUAGGAUACAUUUCUUUGGCUUCGAAUUCUUCCACAGGUGGAUCGUAGGUACCGAAUCUUUUAUUGAAGACACAAAAUGGCCAGUCCUCGGACAAGACGCGUUCUGAAGGAAGUUAGAACCCAUAAUGGAAAUAAUGUUUGUUUUGAGUGUGGUGCGUUCAAUCCCCAAUGGGUGAGUGUCACCUACGGGAUAUGGAUUUGCCUGGAAUGCUCUGGAAAACACAGGGGUCUUGGGGUCCACCUAAGCUUUGUGCGAUCUGUUUCAAUGGACAAAUGGAAGGAUAUAGAACUAGAAAAGAUGAAGGUUGGGGGAAAUGAAAAAUUUCAGUUAUUUUUGGAACUCCAGGAUGACUAUGAUUCCAACUGGACCUUACAAGAAAAAUACAACAGCAAGGCUGCUGCUCUUUUUAGAGACAAGGUGGCUACUCUAGCAGAGGGAAAAGAAUGGUCAAUUGAAAACUCACCUGCUAAGGACUGGACUCCUUCUGAGCCAAGGACUGGGCUGUCUACUGCUCAUCGAAGCACAGCUGGUCUAGGGCAGCAUUCUUCAAACACUGACCUGGCAUUUGAGGACUGGAUCAGUGAUGAUGUCAACUCUUACCAAAGUGGAAGUAGCCAAGGAAAUCGAUAUGUGGGCUUUGGUAACACGCCUAAUGUUCCAAAGAAGGAAGAAGAUUUCAUUAACAAUGCAAUGUCCUCCAUCUACUCGGGCUGGAAUAGUUUCACAGUUGGAGCAAGCAAGUUUGCAGCUGUCGCAAAAGACAACACAGCAAAACUUGCCAGCCAAGCAUCUUUGAAGUUAAGAGGCUAUAAGCCACCCCCUGAGCCGGCUGCUGAAUUAGGCCAAACAUUAAAUGAAAAUGUAGUCAAACCAACUCAAGAAAAGGUAAAAGAUGGAAAGUUAUUUGAUGAAAUGGCAGUGAGCAUCACAGGUUUUGCCUCUAAGCUGCAGGAUACUGGAACAAAAGGCUGGAAGGACAUGAGCUCUUUCUUUACUGGGAAACCAGGGGACCCUGCAGAUGGGUCUACAGGUGGUGAAGGCUAUCAGAACAUGGAUUCGUCAAGUGGUUAUCAAGAGAGUGAGGGUGCCAGUCAGAAGUUCUGGGACACCUUUGGAAGUAAGCCCAAGUCCCCCAGCAGUGACAGCUGGACCAUUGCUGACAACUCGGCUGAAAAGAAGAGCUCAGACAGCUGGGAUAACUGGGGAUCUGAGGCCCAAUCUAACAACAAACAUAGCACUGGAGAUAGCUGGGAAGCCUGGGACAACAACUGGGAAAGUGCUGGAGAGAAGAAAACCAAGAAAAGCCCUACUAAACCUGAGGAGGAUUUGUGGGACAAUGCUGACUGGUAGAAGGCCCCAGUUUCCAAAUGACUUGCAAUGGACUAAUUGUGGCAAUUGCCCCAUUACCCUGGAGGUUGGGUAUAGUCUGUGUUGUCAGAUGUGUUUUUGAGUAACUUUUAGUUUGAAAUAUAUUGCAGAAAUUCUAAUGUGAAUGCUUUCUCCACAUAUAUUAUUCAACAUUGUUUUUGCUGAGUUCAGGGUGAGAUUGUAAUUGAUGUUGAAUUUCCGAACUUAUUCUGAGUCAGUUUCUGCACGAUACUAAUUUAGACUCUGUGUAUUUGCUGUGCAACACACUGUAUUGAUUGAGAUCUCUAGGUUUAUAUUUUGACAUAUCAUGUUGAUGCAUCCAGACCUUUGAUAAGGACCUAUGUGUUUUUCAGUAGCAUUCCAUUAUUUUAGCCCUGCACUUAUGUUUUAGUUCUGCUUGUUUGCCUUGGAGGGGGACACUUUUGUCAAGUUUCUGCAUGAAAAAGCAUAAGCCCUUUUCACUGUCACUUUUUUGUUCUUAGUUUAUAAUGUGAGAGGAGUCAUUAAGCAGUAGUUUGUUGCAUGUUAAAUAGAGAGAAUUAGGCUAUAAUUUUUGCUCAAUUUUCCUAAAUUCAAGUAAUUUACAUUUAAUAAAUGAAUAGCAUCACAUGAGUUCAAAAGAGUGAAAGGCAUUUUGAUUUUUUUUUUUUCUAAUGUUCUUUGAUGAUCUAGCACAUAUAGCUAAAUUUUCUUAGUUUGAGCAUUUCACUGAAAAGGUUCUUAUUGCUGUCCAUUAUAUACCUACCACAUUCUGGAAUCCAUGUCUAUCUUCUAGGUAGGAGAUUUUAAUCUUAGUAAAUCUUUAUUUAAUAAACCUUAAAAGAUUUACUUCCUCAAGAAGGCUUAUUGUAGCAUUCUACACAUUUUAAUUUGUUUCAGAUCACAACCCAUCAUACUUGAGUUCAUUGACACUAAACUUCCCCUGCCUUUUUGGGGUGUGGACACUUAUAUUCCAACAGUCCUGAAUGGUCACACAAGCAUAAACCUUUUUAAAAAUCCACUGCAGAAUAUAUAAAUUGAUAUAAUCAAAUAAACAGCACAGCAUAUCCACAGUGUUUUUAAUGGGACAUGCCCAGAUCAUUUCCCCUCAUAGGGUAGUUUUUUAGUGAUGCUUGAAUCCAGUGCAGCUUGGCUCUGAAUGGCUCCAUGCACUCCAUUUUUGAAUAAGCACUCGGCUUUUGGGUAGUCUUGCCGAAUGUCCAAGGCAGUACUCUCUACUAAUCCAAGUUAUCUUUUCCUGUUUGCAAAUAAUUAUAGGACUGAAUCAGUGUUGAGAGAUUUCUAUUGUGCUUUUCUUUUUUUGAGUCUCAGAAGCACUGUGCUUCUGAUGUGUGGUACAUCUUCUGUAUAUACUAUAUUCUUUUGUUUGAAACCUGUUCCAUGCCUUAACACAUUUUAAUGCUCACACAAAAACAAUGUGACCAAUGUUGAAAAUAAAUGAAUAAAUAGUGUGUGUAUAUAUAUGUA